AUGGGGGCGCCGGGGUCACGAUCGGGCGUUGGCCCCGUGGCUGGGGACACCGGGGUUAUGGAGACUGGAAUUCGGGGACAAACAGAGGCAAGGUAUGAAGGAUACGGGUACGGGUACGGGCAGGAGAACUCUGGGAGUUAUGGAUACAGCCUGGCCACCAACUCCUGGGAAAUGGCCAACUCGGACCUGGACACCAACCCCGAGGGCCUGGGAGGUGCUGAUGCUAUCAUGGCCAAGAUGAGCCAACGCCUGGAGAUGGUGACACCCAUGGACACAGAGGCCGUGCCCGGGGGACACUACGGGGCUGGCGGGGACAGGUUCGACUCCUACGACUCCUACGACGCGCGGGGCCCGUUGAGCGACCGCGACGUUUUCCGCUUCGACUGCCCCGACGCCGACGGCGCCUUCGAGGGGCCCCACGACGGCUUCUUCGGGAGCCACCGGGAGCAGUUCCAGCCCCGGUCCCGGGAGAGGGGACAGGCCUGGGGCAGAGACGGACACAAUCACAGACCCUCCUACCCCGGGCAUCUGGGUGGGCACUGGAACGAGCCCCCUCAGUGCGUGGGAUCCCGAGGGCUUGGACCUCCUGGCUCCUCCAGGCUCCCUUCCCUCUUCUCCCACAACAUUCUCCCAGAGCUCAGCAUGUUCCAGGGAAUUCGAGGGUUCUCGGGAAACAUGCGCUACGGGGGAGGGGCGAUGAAGCAGAGAAUGAGGAGGAACUGGAAAAUGUGGGAUUCGGAUUUUAAACCCCAGAAGAAGAGAAUCAGGAAGGAUCCCAUGGCCAAGAAGCAGAAACGAACCAACAGCUCCGAGGAUCCCGAUGGGAAAGGGACCCAGACGGAUGGAUCCGACAACUCAGACACUGACAAUGAGGAGGGAACAGAAGGAGAAUCAGGAGAACGGGAGGACAAGGAGGGUUCCAGGGGUGAAGGAGAAGAUGAAGAAGGAAAAGACUUGGAGAAAGGUGCUUUAACCAUUCAAGAAGAGAUCAGUCAAAUCAAACGCAAAUUGCAGGCGGGCAAGAAGGCUCCAGAGAGGCACAAGAAGAGGCACCGGGACCGCAUGGUGGAAAGGAUCCAGUUUGUUUGUUCCUUGUGCAAAUAUCGGACCUUCUACGACGACGAGAUGACCAGUCACCUGGAGAGCAGGUUCCAUAAGGAACAUUUCAAGUUUGUUGGAACCAAACUGCCUCAGCAAACAGCUGAGUUCCUCCAGGAAUACGUUGCAAAUAAAACCAGGAAGACCGAGGAGCGACGCCGGGCGCUGGAGGACGUGAACGCCGUGAUCCAGCAGAUCUACAGGGAGCAGGAUCUGACCCAGGACAUUGGCAUGGAGCACUUCAUCAAGAAGGUGGAGGCUGCUCAUUGUGCUGCCUGCGACCUCUUCAUCCCCAUGCAGGUCGGGAUCAUCCAGAAGCACCUGAAGUCCCUGGACCACAACCACAACCGCCGGGCCAUGAUGGAACAGUCCAAGAAGUCGUCGCUGGUAGUGGCGCGGAGCAUCCUUAACAACAAAGUGAUCAGCAAGAAGCUGGAGAGGUACCUGAAGGGUGAGAAUCCUUUCACAGAUGACCCAGAAGAAAAAGAGGAACAUGAGGAAGGAGAAGGAGGAACCACUGGAAAUGUAGAAGAAGGAGAAGCAGAAGGAGCUGAUGAAAACAAGGAUGAGGAGGAAAAUGGGGAAGAAGAAAAUCCUGAGGAGGCAAAUCCAGAAAAGGAAAACGUGGAAGAAGAAAAUCCAGGGGGGGGAAACCAAGAUGAGGAAAAUAAGGAUCCAGAAGGAGCUGAAAGUGAGGGAGAAAGAGGAGAAACAGGGACAGAAGUUGAGGCACAAGCACCAAGAGAGACAGAGACUAGGGAAGAGCAGGAAUCCCUCCCACAGGGAGAGGAGCAGCAGCCAGUGGAAAGUGUGGAGGUGGCAGAUGAGGAGGAGGCUGAAGAAACUGUUGCAGCACAAGAAGAUGAGGAUGUGGAGUAA